CAGGAAGCCGGUUUCCUCGUGGGCGGGCCUUAGCGGGGCUGACCCAACCUCUAUGCGUUUCCAAGUGUGUGCGCCUGUCGCAGGGUGUACAGGCACGGCCAUCUCUUGCUUGCCUGCUUGCUCCUUUUUAACCUUGCAAACAGCUUAAUACAUCAUCCAUUGUACUGCAUCUGGACCUGUUUGUACAAUAGGGGGAUAGGGGGACUGCAGACACUUUGAAAUACAGGCUUUUUUUGGUUUAGUCUUUCUCUCUUGGCUCAUUGGACACUGACAGCUCCAGGAUGAUAGCCGCUCAGCUUCUGGCCUACUACUUCACCGAGUUGAAGGAUGAUCAGCUCAAAAAGAUCGAUAAGUACCUGUACUCGAUGCGUUUCUCUGAUGAGACACUGAAGGACCUCAUGAACCGCUUCAGGAGGGAGAUGGAGAAUGGACUCGGCCGUGACACAAACCCCACGGCCACAGUCAAGAUGCUGCCCACCUUCGUCCGCUCCAUCCCUGACGGAUCAGAGAAGGGUGACUUCAUUGCUCUGGACCUGGGUGGGUCUAACUUCAGGAUCCUCAGAGUGAAAGUGACACAGGACAAGAAGCAGCCGGUUCAGAUGGAGAGCCAGGUGUACGAUACUCCAGACGACAUCAUCCACGGCAGCGGCACACAGCUGUUCGACCAUGUGGCCGACUGUCUGGGCGACUUUAUGGAGAAACAGAAAAUCAAAGACAAGAAGCUCCCAGUGGGUUUUACCUUCUCCUUCCCCUGUGCCCAAACCAAAUUGGACGAGGCAGUUUUACUGACGUGGACAAAGAAGUUUAAGUCCAGUGGUGUUGAAGGAAUGGACGUGGUAAAGCUGCUAAAUAAAGCUAUCAAGAAGAGAGGGGAUUACCAGGCUGACAUCAUGGCUGUGGUGAAUGAUACAACAGGCACCAUGAUGACCUGUGGGUUUGACGACCAGCGCUGUGAAGUGGGAAUUAUUAUAGGUACUGGUACAAAUGCGUGUUACAUGGAGGAGCUGAGGCACAUAGACCUGGUGGAGGGGGACGAAGGCCGCAUGUGCAUUAACACAGAGUGGGGAGCGUUUGGGGACAACGGCUCCUUAGAAGACAUCCGCACAGAGUUUGACCGUGAGAUCGACCGAGGCUCCGUAAACCCAGGAAAACAACUGUUUGAAAAGAUGGCCAGUGGGAUGUACAUGGGGGAGCUGGUGCGUCUCAUUCUGGUGAAAAUGGCCAAAGAGGGACUCCUGUUUGAGGGACGCAUUACUCCUGAGCUCCUGACCAAAGGCACCAUCCAGACCAAGCACGUCUCUGCCAUCGAAAAGUCUAAGGAGGGCCUAAAGAAGUGCAUGCAGAUCCUGACCGGCUUGGGAGUGGAGCCCUCGGACGAGGACUGUCUGGCUGUACAGCACGUUUGCACCAUCGUGUCCUUCAGGUCGGCAAACCUCAUCUCAGCCUCUCUGGGCGCCAUCCUCCGCAGACUCAAAGACAACAAGGGCGUGGCCCGACUCCGUACCACUGUUGGCAUCGACGGAUCACUCUACAAGAUGCACCCACAAUACGCUCGCCGUUUGCAUAAGACUGUCCGGCGCCUGGUCCCAGACUCAGAUGUACGGUUUCUCCUCUCAGAGAGCGGCAGUGGAAAAGGCGCUGCCAUGGUAACCGCUGUGGCCUACCGCCUCACAGACCAGGCACGGCAGAUCCAGCAGACUCUGGCCGAGUUCAGGCUGAGUAAAGCACAGCUGCUGGAGGUGAAGAAGAGAAUGAGGAUCGAGAUUGAAAGAGGACUGGGCAAAAACACACACAAAGAGGCUACUGUCAAAAUGCUGCCCACGUAUGUCAGGAGUACACCAGAUGGGACAGAAAAUGGUGAUUUCCUGGCACUAGAUCUGGGAGGCACAAACUUUCGAGUGCUUUUGGUUAAGAUUCGUAGUGGAAAGCGGCGAACAGUUGAGAUGCACAACAAGAUCUACGCCAUCCCCAUAGAAGUCAUGCAGGGCACAGGAGAAGAGCUGUUUGACCACAUUGUGCACUGCAUCUCGGAUUUCUUGGAUUACAUGGGGAUGAAGAGCGCUCGUCUUCCUCUGGGCUUCACUUUCUCUUUCCCCUGUUAUCAGACUAGCCUGGAUGCUGGGAUUCUGGUGACAUGGACCAAAGGUUUCAAAGCCACAGACUGUGAAGGUGAAGAUGUGGUGGAUCUGCUCAGAGAGGCCAUUAAGAGGAAAGAGGAGUUUGAGCUGGAUGUAGUUGCCAUAGUAAACGAUACAGUGGGGACGAUGAUGACUUGUGCCUAUGAAGAGCCCACAUGUGAAGUCGGACUCAUCGCAGGAACGGGCAGUAACGCAUGCUACAUGGAGGAGAUGAGGAACAUUGAGAUGGUGGAGGGGAAUGAGGGGCGGAUGUGUGUGAACAUGGAGUGGGGAGCGUUUGGGGAUAACGGCUGUUUGGAUGACAUCCGGACCAUCUACGAUCAGUCCGUGGACGAGAACUCACUCAACGAGGGCAAGCAGAGAUAUGAGAAGAUGUGCAGUGGCAUGUACCUGGGAGAGAUAGUCAGGCAAAUUCUGAUCGAUUUGACCAAACGAGGAUUCCUAUUCAGAGGACAGAUUUCAGAGACACUCAAGACCAGGGGCAUCUUCGAGACCAAGUUCCUGUCACAGAUUGAGAGUGACCGUCUGGCCCUGCUUCAGGUGAGGGCAAUCCUACAGCAGUUGGGUCUGGACAGUACGUGUGACGACAGUAUCAUCGUGAAGGAGGUGUGUGGCACCGUGUCCCGUCGCGCAGCUCAGAUCUGUGGAGCCGGAAUGGCCGCUGUGGUCGACAAGAUCCGAGAAAACAGAGGCUUGGACCACCUGGAUGUGACUGUGGGAGUGGAUGGGACGCUCUACAAACUGCACCCACAUUUCUCACGGAUCUUUCAACAAACGGUGAAGGAGUUGGCCCCCAAAUGUGACGUGACAUUCCUGCUGUCAGAAGACGGAAGCGGGAAGGGGGCGGCUCUGAUCACUGCAGUCGGCUGUCGUCAGAGAGAGCUCGAGGCGCAGCAGCACUGAGGACUUUAAAUACACUACUAAAACUACUACUACUGUCCCAAUGUCUCCCAAUAGGACCCCGACCCACAAGUUUAAACCCCCACCACCCUCCCCUAUACCACCAAGGCUGCACAAUAUAACACUACUACUCCAGCCUCAAUCAGGAUUUAACCAGGCCUGAAUCAGAACCACAAUUAUGACCUAAACUGGUUUCACAAUUGAAAUGGUUGCCAGUUUUGAAUGAAAACAUCGAUAAGAUAUAUUAAAUGACUGAUAGCGUUAUAAUAUGCAGCCUGUAUUUCCAGAGUGUUUUCACCUUCACCUGCUGCUGUUGUAUUUCUUCCACGCACAUAUGAUCCACCACGGCCGUGACUCCGUGCCCUGCCCAGAGAGACAUGCUGCUUUAUACAAGAUUAUUGAGUGCAGUGAUGUGCAAAAGUGUACACCCUCUAGUGGAUUUAUAAUAUAUUCUGCAAAUUUGUUGUGUUAAUGCAAAACAGGAAAAACAGUGGUAAUCAGAAAAAAUAUUACUACUAAUAGGUGCACUAUGCAACUUUUCUGGUGGGGAAUCCUUUACCGACUUACCUCCAUAAAGAUGUUAUUGCAUAGUCUGGAACGUUCCACAGUAUGGCAUUGAACUCAUCUAUUUUGCAUGUAUUCAGUUGUUUUCAUGGCUAAACGUGUUGAAAAAAACAUGUGUUCGUACUGUCAGUAGGGCCACCUCACCACAGAUCUGACCCAUAACUUGGCCUCAUGUUGCAACUUGUUUGUCUCUGUGAAAAUAGAUAAGUUUAAUGUUAAAGCAAUAAAAUCUUCAUGGAGACAAGCAAAAGGCAGACCCUCCGCCCAAUGAAGUUACAUAGUGCACCUUUAAAUAAGUGUUAAUAUUAGGUAUGCAAGUUCAGUUCUUGUGACAUUUUACAGUGCAUAUUUAUAAACCUGAAAAUAUAGACAGACUAACUUUGUAGACCUAUCCUUCAAUUCUGCAAGGGUUAAACCUGGAGAAUGUGUCUAUUGAUGUGCAUAAUAUUUUAGGUUUAUGAGGAUAACUAAAAUGCCCACCUAGACACAGGGAGAGCAUAUAAACUCCACAAUAAGGCCACAGAACUGAAUCUAGGAACUUGUUGCUAACUACUCAGCAAAAGUAUUUCAUGAUUGCAAAAGCAUGACAAAUAUACCACAAUAUAAGAUAACCAGAUGGGGCAAUACUUUUCUCACCACUGUAACUAAAGUCACUGUUUAUUUAUCGCACCUUUAUGAUCUUGUUUGUUUCUACAUUUCCUUCACUGGGCUUGUUGAUAAUCACACGACUACUAGGUGUGCAAUAUAUGUGUGUACUGCUGAUUUUAUUUUUAUAUAAAGCCAGAUAAAUAUACUGUAAAUGUAUUUAUACAAUACAGCUGAGGCCUGAGUUGUGGUUUUCAAAUGGUGUCAAAUAAUUGCAUUUCUAUUUAUUUAUAAGAUAAGACAACCUUUAUUUAUUUAUUAUGGGUGAGGCAAUGUUAAUGCUAUUUCACAACAAAUACUUCUGCUACUAUAAUACAUGUAUAAAGAUAUGUCUCACCAUUUCAGGAAAUUAAAACUAUUUAAAUGAUGUUUUAGUACAGGUCUUGACCCACCAUUUGGAAACCACUUACUACUCAAGAGCUUAUAAAGUAGAAAAUACAUGCACUUUUUAUAUAUAUAUGGGAAAUUUAGGCCAAGCAGCAUUGUAAUGUAUUCUUCUAGGUAGUUCAAGGUCUCAAACUCACAAAAAGGCUUGAAAAGUCGAGUCACGGCUGAUAAAAUUCAUUGUUCACGCGAUUCGCUAAAACUACUGACGCCUCUUUGUGUAACUGUCACUGCAACUUCCACUUCUGAAUACAUGGAUAAAGGAGGGUAGAGGAAGGGAAAAAAUUCUUCUUCUUUUUUUUUUUUUACCUCAAAAUAAUAUUACUCAAGUAGAAGUAAAAGUUGUUCAAUUGUGAAAAAGCUACUACAAACUGCUAUUUACUAGUACUGAGUAAUAGUUUGACAAAUCAUCAAUGGGCAAGCUCUGUGCUUUCAGUUUGCAUGGGCAGUCUGAAUGUAGUUUUAUAAGGUAGACAACACGAAAAAAUGAAUGAAGGUGUAUGCAUUUAGAAACUUUUUUUUGUUUUUGUUUAAGGUGCACAGCAUUUGAACAACAUAUAGGCCUAUGUGAAAUUUAGAUGUGAGUAGAAUAGUUGAUAAGUAGUAUUGAGUAUUGUUACUUCAAAUAUUUUAUAACAUUACUCAGAGAAAAUAAAAAAGAAACAUUGUAAGUAAUAAAUUCUACUAAUUUACAUAGAUCAUUACAUAAACAAGUAAAUGUAAAUGAUUACUAGUACUCAAAAAAAACAACAACUCAUCAGCAGUAUUGUUUUGAAAGAGAAUUGGACUCAAGUAGAAAUAUUGUGUUAGAACUUGCCUACUGUUAAGAGUUCACAUUAUUUUGAAACGAUUGACUCAAAUAAUUGUAAUUCAUCCCUAUCCUCCUCUGUUCAUGGUGCACUCCAUUCUGCUUCCCCCAUUUACAGAGGUAGAACAAAAAGGCCCUAUAGUGGAGGUAUUUUAGUAUAUUAUUAACCUGUUGCUAAUUGUGAAUUUUUGAUGUUGUGAUGACGUCCACUACUUCUACUCAUUGUAAACGUGCAAAAGAAUAAAUGGAGCCCCCUUGUGUUGAGCGGAAAUUUGA